AUGAAAAUCUUAGAGGGCAAUGCUAGUGCACUCACAAAUUUUGAGGUCCUUGAUUUCUUACGAGCUAAAGGAGCUUCAAAGGAUCCAACAAGAGUUAUUGCCAAAGUAGCGCAGUCUGAAUACAAGGUUUAUGAUUAUUUGGUUGACACUGCUGCCUCUAUUCAAACAAGAGAGAGCAUCAAUGAGUUCUUGGAUGUUUCUAGUACAGUACCUGCCGAGGAAGAGCAUAUCUGGGGUGCAUUCUUCAAGGCAACGAGAUGA